GUGUCGUGGGGUCAAAAGUAUCUGUAAUGGCGACAUCUUCUGAUGGAUUAUUCGACGCCUUGAGCGUGUUGGGAGUGAUUGGAUACGUAUUAGAGCAAACCAGGUUCAUCUUCCUCGUUCCCAUACUGAAACGUAUGGUGAAUCUAUGUCAGGUUAUCUCUGUGUUGUUGUUCAUAGAUGCAGCAUAUAUGGCUAUAGUUGUAGCCAUUGGCAAAUUACUUAGACGAACACCAAAGAAAGUUCUCAAAUGGGAAAGCUUUAAGAACGAUGACGACGUUGAGCUAGCUCCUUCCAGCAAUCAUCCCAUGGUUCUCAUUCAGAUCCCAAUCUUCAACGAAAAAGAGGUAUGCCAACUUUCGAUAGGAGCGGUUUGCAAGCUAUCAUGGCCAUUGGAUCGGAUGAUCGUUCAAGUUCUUGAUGAUUCAACCGAAAAAGAAAGUCAGAAACUGGUUAGAUUGGAGUGUAAGAAAUGGUCGAGCGAAGGUAUAGACAUAAAGUUGGAGGUUAGAAGCGGUAGAGACGGGUACAAAGCAGGAGCUCUCACUGCAGGAAUGAAGCAUAGUUAUGCGGAGGGAUGCGACUUCGUUGUAAUCUUUGAUGCUGAUUUUCAGCCUGAAUCGGAUUUUCUUGAACGUACUGUUCCUUUUCUUGUCCACAACCCUGAGAUAGCUCUUGUACAAGCCGGCUGGAAAUAUGGGAAUGCGGACGAGUGUUGUAUGACAAGAAUACAAGAGAUGUCUCUUAACUACCACUUUGCAGUGGAGCAAAAGUCUGGAUCCUCCAUACUUGGUUUCUUUGGAUUCAACGGUACUGCUGGUGUGUGGAGAAUUAAAGCUCUUAAUGAGGCCGAAGGAUGGAAGGAACGCACCAUCGUAGAGGACAUGGAUUUAGCAGUUAGAGCUUAUUUACGCGGCUCAAAGUUUGUGUAUCUCGACGAUGUUAAGGUGAAAAAUGAGCUUCCAAGCUCAUUUCAAGCAUACCGGUAUCAGCAACAUCGUUGGUCUUGUGGUCCAGCAAACCUCUUCAAGAAAAUGGCAAUGGAGAUCAUAAAACACCAGAAUGUGUCUUUAUGGAAGAAGGCGUAUUUGAUAUACAACUUCUUCUUUUUGAGAAAGAUUGUUGUGCACAUCUUCACAUUCGUCUUCUACUGUCUGAUUUUGCCUGCAACCGUUAUAUUCCCGGAAAUCGAAGUCCCGAAAUGGACAACUAUCUACAUUCCAGCUACCAUCACUAUCCUGAACGCUAUAGCAACACCGAAGUCUUUCUAUCUCAUACUGUAUUGGAUCUUAUUUGAGAAUGUAAUGGCGAUGCAUAGGAGUAAAGGAACUCUCAUUGGAUUGCUAGAGACUAGUAGAGUCAAAGAAUGGAUUGUGACUCAAAAACUAGGAGAGAGUAAUACUCUGACGCAAAACCUCAUUACUACUACUAGUACUAGUCACUAUAGCUUCCCCGAAAGACUUAGGUGGCGAGAGAUAAUGGUUGGGAUGUAUCUAUUCGUAUGUGGAUACUAUGACUUUGUGUUCGGGAAGACAUACCUUUACAUAUAUCUUUUCUUGCAGUCUGUUGCCUUCUUCGUUGUUGGAGUUGGCUACAUUGGAAUGUCGGUUCCUAAUAACCCACAACCACAAACCACUAAUUAACUUCUUUCUUCUUUCUUCUCCUACACAUUUGAUUCUUUGUCAAAAGGUUUUGUCAGCCUGUUGUUACAGUUUUAUUGGAAGAUUCCUUGUAACGAUCUAACUUCU